UGAAAUUUCCUCCUCUGUAUUUGGGAUUGAGCUCAUCUUCUGUUCAGUAUCAUCACCUUCACUUCGCAAUCGAAAUCCGUGAGCGGUACGCGUCUAUAGCACGAUAUGGAAGAGAACCAUCAAUCCCAGAGACUUCACGAACAGAGGUUUCACCAGUCUCACUACACACGUGAUUCAAGCUUUCCUUCUGGAGAACAGGAGUGGGACGGCUACCCUCAGAGUCUGGACAUAAUGCGACAUGGUCUUUUGCCAUUCCAUGCCAACGUCAUCGAGCCUCCCAGGCCUGGUCGAGAUUUCUGGUCACAAACUACCUACGGUGCCGAAGGAUUCGACUAUGUCCAAAGCGCCUUUGGACCACAGCACUUCAACACUACUCAGCAAUACGACAACUCUCAAAGUGGUUUUGGACCACAGAACCACAGCUCCUCUCACGACUCGACACCAUUCGAAGCACGGAGAUGUAUCAUCUGCUACGAAGAUAUAGGAAGCGAUAUCGCCAGCCUGUCUUGUGGUCAUAGCUGGUGCAUCCCAUGCAUAAUGGAAAGAUUCUCCAGCAUCCAAAAUCAAAGUUCUUGGCCCGUCAGAUGCUGCGCUGGAUACGUUAUUUCCUUUGACUUCGCAAAGCUCUACCUGAGCAAGCGAGAGAUUCAGAGACUGACACCUCUGAUCGAGGAGUUGGAGAUGCCGUAUGCAAGACGAACAUACUGCUCCAAUUCUAGAUGCAGCGCACAUCUACCGCAAACGUUGAACAAGCUUCGCAACUUGACUUGCCAUGAUUGUGGCACAAUCACUUGCGUAGUUUGCAAAGCCGUCGCUCACGAUACCUCGACCUGUCCGCCGCCAGACGCAUCAAUGCAGGAGCUUCUCUGUUUAUCACACGAGAAACAGUGGCAACGCUGCGGCGGAUGCAGACAGAUGAUCGAGAGAGAUGGAGGAUGUUCUCAUAUGACUUGUCGCUGCGGCUAUGACUUCUGUUUUCAGUGCGGAGGACAGAUUGGUUCUUGCAGGUGUGCCCGUUUCGAAAAUGCAUACACCGGCAUGAUGGUAAGAGAUACAGCGGACCAACAGGCAGUCAGAUUCAGACGAUAUCGAGCAAAUGCCGUCGCCGAGAGACGUAAUGAAGCGCUGAGGACGCCAGCCAGGCUCGCAGCAGAAGCCGGCGCCGCAGCUGAAUCUCGACUAGCAGAAACUGCCGCUAGGGAAGCCCGAGUACAAAGAAUGCGAGCUGAUGCACGAAGACUCAGAUUGGCAAGAUUUGAACGAGCGCGAGUCAGAGCUGGAGCACCAAGGCUUGAAGCCGAAAGGGUCAGAAAGACCGAGAGGCGCUUCUCAUGAGGCGACGUAGCGGGAGAGAUCAACUCCGAGAACGACUACAGGAUCCAAGUUUGAUUUGAGAUGAUGAUUCAGGAAGAUAUGUUGAGAGUCUGAAAGGCAAACGACCAUUCGAUGUUGGCCCGAACUUGACUGUUGAAGAGACUCGAAUAGACAUAGAGGACCACCAGGGUUCUACUUCAACCGCAGGGGAGUCAAUAUUCAGUAUUUCUACGUACACCGGUAUCAAAAUGCAACAUUGAGC